CCUCCACUUCCGGAAAUUAAACGGGCAGGAAGGGAGCGGCCUGAAUCGGCGACCGAGGAGCCCGGAUUAUGCAGGAGGACGGAGGAGCCCGUCGGGGGACGGAAGAAGGCGCCGCCAGAGAGGAGGAGCAGGACAGCGGGCCAGGCGGAAGAGCCCUGCUCGGUCCCGGCGCGGGUUCCCCGGCACACUUAGGGGAAAGGCCGGCAGGCCCCGGGGCUGCAGGACGGAUGAGCCCAGGGGAACCCCAGGAAAGUGGACUGCCCGGAGGGCGAUGCGGAGAGGAGGACACGGGCGGAGGGUCCCUCGGAGGACACGGGAAUCCCCAGAAAAUCCAGGUGGGAGAUAACAAGUAUCAGUGCCCGGAAUGCGAAAAAUCUUUCAAAAAUAAUGGCUGCCUUCAGAGCCAUCAAAGGAUCCACUCGGGAGAGAAAACUUACAAAUGCCUCCGGUGUGGAAAGAGCUUCAGUUAUUUCGGAAGCCUUUGUAGACAUCAAGAGAAACCAAAUUGCCUGGAGGGCAGAGGUUCUCUUGGAAGAGCCCGGACGCCUCGAAGGACCCAGGAGGGAGGAAAGGAAUAUCAGUGCUCGGAAUGCGACAAAUCCUUCAAAAGUAAUGGCUGUCUUCAAAAGCAUCUAGGAAUCCACUCAUUAGAGAAAACUUAUAAAUGCAUGGAGUGUGGAAGGAGCUUCAGUUACUUGGCAAACCUUUGUAAGCAUCAAAGGGUCCAUUUGAUAACGGAACCGAAUAAAUGCCUGGAGGGCGGAGAGUCCUUCAGAAGACCUGGGAAUCCCCAAACGAUCCAGGAGGUAGAAAGGAAAUAUCAAUGCCGAGAAUGCGAAAAAUCCUUCAGAAGAAAAGACCAUCUUGAAAGCCAUCUAUGGAUCCACUUAGGCGACCCACCGUUUAAAUGCCUGGAGUGUGGAAAGAACUUCAAUCAUAGGAGCAACUUCGAUCGACAUCAAAGAGUCCACUCAGGAGAAAAACCUUAUAAAUGCCUGGAGUGUGGAAAGAGCUUCAGUCAGAGGAGCGGCCGUGAUAGCCAUCUAAGAACCCACACAGGAGAAAAACCAAAUAAAUGCCUAGAUUGUGGAAAGAGCUUCAGUGAUAGAAGCAACCUUUAUAGACAUCAAAGGAUCCAUUUGAUAGAGAAACCGAAUCAAUGCCCGGAGGACGGAGAGUCCUUCGGAAGACCCAGUAAUCCCCAAAGGUUCCAGGAGGGAGGAGAGAAAUAUCAGUGCCUGGAAUGUGAAAAAUCCUUCAAAAAAAAUAUUGAUCUUGAAAACCAUCUAAGAAUCCACACAGGAGAAAAACCUUAUAAAUGCUUUGAGUGUGGAAAGAGUUUCAAUCAUAUUAGCAGCUUAUAUAAACAUGACAGAAUCCAUUUACAAAAAGAGUACGAAUGCUGGGAAUGUGAAAAAUCCUUCAAAAAAAAUAACUAUCAUGAAAACCAUCUAAGAAUCUACCCAGAAGAAAAUCCUUAUAAAUGCCUCAAAUGUGGAAAGAGCUUCAGUCAGACAAACAGCCUUUAUGUACAUCAAAGGAUUCACUCAGGAGAGAAACUGUAUCAAUGCCUGGACUGUGGAAAGAGAUUUAUUGAUAGUGGAACCUUCCGUAAACAUCAAAGGUUUCACACAGGAGAAAAACCAUAUAAAUGCCUGGAUUGUGGAAAGGGCUACAAUUGGAGAGGACACCUUAUUAUACAUCAAAGAGUCCACUUAGGAUUGAAAAAGCAAAAACGCCUGGGGUGUAGAAAGAGCUUCAGUGAGAGGAGAAGAGACAGAAGACCCAGGAAUCUUCAAAGAAUCCAUGAGGGAGAAAAGAAAUAUCAAUGCAGAGAAUGUAAAAAAUCUUUUUAAACAAAUAGAGGUCUUGAAAACCAUCUAAU